AUGGGCUGUCCCAUGGAAGAUCCAAACAAGCAUUUGAAGGAAUUUGAAGUAGUAUGUUCAAGUAUGACACCCAUUAACGUGGAUGGGAAUAUUUUGAAGAUGAAAGCCUUCCCAUUCUCUCUUAUGGACAAGGCUAAAGAUUGGCUCUAUGAACUAGCACCUGGAACCGUUACUUCUUGGGAAAGUAUGAAGAAAGCAUUCUUAGAGAAAUUCUUCCCAACUUCAAGAGUCAUUCUUUUGAGGAAGAAAAUUAGUGGAAUUCAACAAGGCCCGGGAGAAUCCUUUCCAGGGUACUAUGAGCGUUUUAAGACGUUAGUUGCAUCCUGCCCACAACAUCAAAUGAAGGAAGAGCUUUUAAUUCAAUAUUUCUAUGAAGGACUACUUCCACUGGAGAGACAAAUGCUUGAUGCUUCAGCGGGAGGUGCUUUGGUUGACAAAACACCAGUUGCUGCGAAGAUCUUAAUAGCAAACCGAGCUUUGAAUGCACAACAAUACGAAGGAGUUGGAGGGAGAGAUCAUACACGGCCAAGUCCAGUUAAUGAGGUAAGUGCUAUUUCGGAACUUCAAUCUCAAAUGGCUAAUCUCUCUACUCUUAUUUCGCAGGUUGUUGAAGGAUCCAAAGUGCAAAGUACAGCCACUUGUAGCGUGUGCUCUAUGCAUGGACACCCCACUGAUCAAUGUCCUCAAUUAAUAGAGAAUGGGGGAUGGGAAAGUGCCAAUGCCGUAGGUUAUCAAGGCCAAAAUCAACCUAGGUAUGACCCGUUUUCAAACACCUACAAUCCGGGCUGGAGAGAUCAUCCAAAUUUGAAGUGGAGGGAGCCUCAACAACAACAAGGCGGAUAUAGACAGCCACCUCCAGGGCUCUAUCAAAGGCCGUUCGCACCACCACAACCUCAACCACAAAUUGCCCAAUCAAAUUCAGGUUCGCCAUUGGAUAAUGAUCAAAUGCUUAAAGUACUAACUUCUUUGACUCAGGGUUUACAAAAUCAAGCCAAAGAGAUGAGCGAAGUGAAGAAGCAAAUUGGGCAGAUGGCGGAGUUCAUGGGACAGUUUAGAGAAGAAGGCAAACUACCUAGCUCAACCAUUGUCAAUCCAAAAGGAGGUUUUGAAACGGCUAAAGCUAUCAUCUUGAGGAGUGGUAAAGAGAUUGGAACCAAUCCCAAAAUGUCCAAACAAAGCCCAAAAGAGAACGAAAAGCUGCUGCUCAAAGAGAAGGAGGUGGACAAAGCCACGGCAAGGGAGGAACAACCCUUGCUGCAGUCCCCCAAAGCUCCUACACAACCAAACUCAGGUAAGGUUGUUCCAAAUUCAACUCAUUCUAACCCUAUCCCACCAAAUGUGCCUUUCCCUCGCAGGUUUAUGCAAUCUAAGAAAGAAGAGAAUGAAAAAGACAUCUUAGAGACUUUCAGGAAGGUACAAGUUAAUAUCCCACUUCUUGACGCAAUAAAGCAAGUUCCAAGGUAUGCUAAAUUCUUGAAAGAGCUUUGUACAACAAGGAGGAGGAUUUCAAACAAAGAAGUGGUAAGGGUAAGUGAGAAUGUUUCCGCAGUUUUGCAACGAAAACUGCCACCUAAAUGCAAAGAUCCAGGUAGUUUCACAAUCCCUUGUGUUAUUGGUAACACCAAGUUUGAACAUGCCAUGUUAGAUUUAGGUGCUUCCAUUAAUGUCAUGCCAUACUCUAUUUAUGCAUCUAUGAACUUAGGAGAGCUUAAAAAUGAUGGCGUUAUAAUUCAAUUAGCCGAUCGUUCUAAUGCAUAUCCGAAAGGAGUUUUGGAAGAUGUUUUGGUGCAGGUUAACCACUUGAUAUUUCCAGCAGAUUUUUAUGUGCUUGAGAUGGAGGAUUCGGCCCAUUCUACACCAUUGCCAAUCUUACUUGGACGACCUUUCAUGAAAACAGCCCGAACCAAGAUCGAUGUGUUCAAGGGGACGUUGACAAUGGAAUUUGAUGGCAAUAUCAUUGAUUUCAAUAUUUCUGAAGCUAUAAGGUACCCUAUUGAUGAUCACUCCUGUUUCUCUAUUGAUGCAUUUGAUUCUUUGGCGCAGGAAUAUCUCGAAUCCCUAGAUAGGGAUGUCCUUGAAACCACCAUUGUUCAAGGAAUUGAACUCAUCAAAAAUGGGGCCGAACCUAAUCAUGAAGAAAUUGGCGAGAUGGUGGCUGCCCUUGAGUCACUGCCACAAUAUGUUGGUAAGUCUCCAAUCCCAAUCCCAAUUCCCGUUUCUACUAACAAGUUGUUACCUUCGGUGAUUCAGGCACCCACUCUCGAGCUUAAACCGUUACCGAAUCAUUUGAAGUAUGUCUUCUUGGGAGAUAAAGAGACUUUGCCCGUCAUAAUCUCUUCAUCACUCACGGCAGUGGAGGAGGAAAAACUAGUUCGGGUGUUGCAAGAGUACAAAACAGCUAUUGGAUGGACUUUAGCCGACAUCAAGGGACUUAGUCCUACAACAUGCAUGCAUCGCAUACUUCUAGAGGAGGGGGCUAAACCAACUCGAGAGGCUCAACGCCGACUCAACCCUCCAAUGAUGGAAGUUGUGAAAAAGGAGAUCAUUAAGCUUCUUGAUUGUGGGGUCAUUUAUCCAAUUUCGGAUAGUCGAUGGGUUUCACCGGUUCAAGUUGUACCAAAGAAAUCAGGAGUCACUGUGGUAAAAAAUGAAGAGAAUGAACUUGUCCCCACUCGUAUCCAAACAGGUUGGAGAGUUUGCAUUGAUUAUAGGAAGCUCAACGCCACCACAAGGAAAGAUCACUUCCCUUUGCCGUUCAUUGAUCAAAUGCUUGAAAGGUUAGCUGGUCAUUCUUUUUAUUGCUUUCUUGAUGGCUAUUCGGGAUAUAAUCAGAUUGUUAUAGCCCCAGAUGACCAAGAAAAGACUACUUUUACUUGUCCGUUUGGUACUUUUGCUUAUCGACGAAUGCCAUUUGGUUUAUGUAAUGCACCAGCCACCUUUCAAAGAUGCAUGGUAAGUAUCUUUUCCGAUUUCGUUGAGAAGAUUAUUGAGGUUUUCAUGGAUGAUUUUCAGUGUCUUUGGUGA